UUAUUUGUUUAAAUGUGAUCAACCAUCUCUAGAGUUCCCCUCUUUCUUCUUGAAAGAACAAAAGGAGGGGAGCUCUAACCUCUACAUUUUAAGAAUGUAUUCUUCUUUCAUAUAUUACAUUCCAACUUAGUUUCUCACCCUCUACUACUCCAAACCUCUCUCUCCCACCUCCCCUCUCACCCAGAUCCACUCGUCCUCCCAUUUCCCUUCAGAAAAGAUCAGGCCUUCUAGGGAUCGAAACCUAAUAUGGCAUAACAAAUUACAAUAAGACCACACACGGAGGAAAAGAGUCCCAAGAGCAUCUAACCUCUACUUUUAACAGUAAAACUUUACAAAGAGAGAAGAAUCUUAAAUGUUCUGAUGCUAAAACAAGAUAGAAUUGCUAAUGAGCUUGUGCUUCCAGAGUAUAAUGGCAAACCACCUCGUAAAACCUGAUUCUAGAAACUGUAAGAGAUCAAGAGAAUUGGAGCCCCAGGUAUCAGAUAGUUCACAGGUACCCUCUCUUGGAAAAUCGGAUUCUUCUUUCUCUGAAUGUUCUGGACUCCUUUAUAAAGAGGAUGCCCUGGAGAAGGAUUUGAGUGAUAUGAGCAAGGAAAUUAAUCUGAUGUUGUCUACAUAUGCAAAGAUUUUAAGUGAGAGAGCAGCAGUAGAUGCAUCUUAUAUUGACGAAUUAGAUGGACUCUUCAAAGAAGCCAAUAUUAUUGAAAACUUUCUGGUACAAAAAAGAGAAUUCCUGAAGCAGAGGUUUACAGUAAUUACCAACACCCUGCACAAGUAAAAUACCUAUACCAACUGAAAGUCGGUUCCUAUUAUUGCUGUAUUCUACUUGUUAAAGAAAAUAUAUGUAGUAAACUGUAACUUUUUCUAAAUUUAAAAGAGGUUUUAAGGUGAACAGUAAUAUGAAAUUUGUAAUCUUUCUUUUGAGGGUCAAAUAUUUGGCACAUUAUAUAAAAAUGUAAAUUAAAAAUUAUAUAUGUGUUCUUUUCUUUCUCCUUUACUCCUAAAUUGUGUAAACCUUCUUAAACUGUGAAAGAGAACUCUGUUAAUUUGAUUAUGCUUAACAAUAUUUGUUUAAAUAGCAGCUAAU